UACCCCCCCCCCCCCCCCCUCCCCAGAGUCUUAUAGAAAACAAGAAUUGCUGUGUUAUCAAGUGACCAGCACAAAUAGAAGGAUAUAAAUAAAUAUUUUUUUUAAAGAAUUUAUCUUAAUCCCAAAAUAUAUUUAGCAUGGUGCCAGUCUUAUUUGUUAGUUUAGUGGAGGAUCAUUUUGUUAGUUUUAGUGGAGGAUCAUUUUGUUAGUUUAGUGGAGGAUAAUUUUGUUAGUUUAGUGGAGGGUCAUUUUGUUAGUUUAGUGGAGGAGCAUUUUGUUAGUUUAGUGGAGGGUCAUUUUGUUAGUUUAGUGGAGGAUCAUUUUGUUAGUUUAGUGGAGGGUCAUUUUGUUAGUUUUAGUGGAGGAUCAUUUUGUUAGUUUAGUGGAGGGUCAUUUUGUUAGUUUAGUGGAGGGUCAUUUUGUUAGUUUUAGUGGAGGAUCAUUUUGUUAGUUUAGUGGCAGAUCAUUUUGUUAGGUUAGUGGAGGGUCAUUUUGUUAGUUUAGUGGAGGAGCAUUUUGUUAGUUUAGUGGAGGAUCAUUUUGUUAGUUUAGUGGAGGGUCAUUUUGUUAGUUUAGUGGAGGAGCAUUUUGUUAGUUUAGUGGAGGAUCAUUUUGUUAGUUUAGUGGAGGGUCAUUUUGUUAGUUUAGUGGAGGGUCAUUUUGUUAGUUUUAGUGGAGGAUCAUUUUGUUAGUUUAGUGGAGGGUCAUUUUGUUAGUUUUAGUGGAGGAUCAUUUUGUUAGUUUAGUGGAGGGUCAUUUUGUUAGUUUAGUAGAGGGUCAUUUUGUUAGUUUAGUGGAGGGUCAUUUUGUUAGUUUAGUGGAGGAGCAUUUUGUUAGUUUAGUGGAGGAUCAUUUUGUUAGUUUAGUGGAGGGUCAUUUUGUUAGUUUUAGUGGAGGGUCAUUUUGUUAGUUUAGUGGAGGGUCAUUUUGUUAGUUUAGUGGAGGGUCAUUUUGUUAGUUUUAGUGGAGGAUAAUUUUGUUAGUUUAGUGGAGGAUCAUUUUGUUAGUUUAGUGGAGGGUCAUUUUGUUAGUUUAGUGGAGGGUCAUUUUGUUAGUUUUAGUGGAGGAUCAUUUUGUUAGUUUAGUGGAGGGUCAUUUUGUUAGUUUAGUGGAGGGUCAUUUUGUUAGUUUUAGUGGAGGAUCAUUUUGUUAGUUUAGUGGAGGGUCAUUUUGUUAGUUUUAGUGGAGGAUCAUUUUGUUAGUUUAGUGGAGGGUCAUUUUGUUAGUUUAGUGGAGGGUCAUUUUGUUAGUUUAGUGGAGGGUCAUUUUGUUAGUUUAGUGGAGGAGCAUUUUGUUAGUUUAGUGGAGGAUCAUUUUGUUAGUUUAGUGGAGGGUCAUUUUGUUAGUUUUAGUGGAGGGUCAUUUUGUUAGUUUAGUGGAGGGUCAUUUUGUUAGUUUAGUGGAGGGUCAUUUUGUUAGUUUUAGUGGAGGAUCAUUUUGUUAGUUUAGUGGAGGAUCAUUUUGUUAGUUUAGUGGAGGGUCAUUUUGUUAGUUUAGUGGAGGGUCAUUUUGUUAGUUUUAGUGGAGGAUCAUUUUGUUAGUUUAGUGGAGGGUCAUUUUGUUAGUUUAGUGGAGGGUCAUUUUGUUAGUUUAGUGGAGGGUCAUUUAGUUAGCUUGGUUUUAUUCAUGAUCUUGUCACGUGAGAAGAGUUGAUUUGUACAUACAUGUGAUUGUAUCUGUUUUACAGCACAGCUGAGAACGCUGUCAUUGUCACUCAUGUUGUGAAGGGAUGAGAACACGUUUUAAUGGAUGGAGAAGAAUUGUUCGUGGUUUAAAAUAAACAUUUGUGUUCUUAAGUGAAUGUUCUUUGAUACCAUCCCCCCUCUAUUGGUUCUGUGCGGGAUAACGGACAUGCAGUCAUAAUAUAGUUCAUCUAUAACUGUCACCUCUCUGUUGUAACUUGCCACCAUAUUACACUGGGCUUUUACAAAAGUCAGGAACAGUAUUUAAAAAUAGAAAUGGACUUUUUAAGAUGAUAUUUUUUUGUCCACAGAGUAUGGUUGUAUGUGAUGUGCUUUGUUUACACGUUACGAAUCACCAUCAUUUGCAACAAAAUCUCAAAUCGUUUCUUUUUUGAAUCGACGUUGCUGUGACAAAAUAAACUUUUAUUUCAAAUUGUGAUAUGUUUUUACAAAUAUCCAAAAAAGAGAGGUAAUGGAGUUUCUCUAUACUGAUGUCCUAGAUCAAAUAGAGGUGUUUAUAAUAUAUUUACCUAAAAGUUUUUUUCUAAUACAGAUUUAAAAAAUAACUUGUUUUGGUGCUGAUAAAAGUAAAAACAAUCCCUCUGCAAAAGCCUGUCAAAAAUAAUCUGCAUCUUGUACCACAAUGUAUCUCAUCUUGUACCUUGUACCAUGUUCCGUUCCAAUGUAUCUCAUCUUGUACCAUGUUCCGUUCCAAUGUAUCUCAUCUUGUACCAUGUUCCGUUCCAAUGUAUCUCAUCUUGUACCAUGUUCCGUUCCAAUGUAUCUCAUCUUGUACAAUGUUCCGUUCCAAUGUAUCUCAUCUUGUACCAUGUUCCGUUCCAAUGUAUCUCAUCUUGUACCUUGUACCAUGGUCCGUUCCAAUGUAUCUCAUCUUGUACCAUGUUCCGUUCCAAUGUAUCUCAUCUUGUACCAUGUUCCGUUCCAAUGUAUCUCAUCUUGUACCAUGUUCCGUUCCAAUGUAUCUCAUCUUGUACAAUGUUCCGUUCCAAUGUAUCUCAUCUUGUACCAUGUUCCGUUCCAAUGUAUCUCAUCUUGUACCUUGUACCAUGUUCCGUUCCAAUGUAUCUCAUCUUGUACCAUGUUCCGUUCCAAUGUAUCUCAUCUUGUACCAUGUUCCGUUCCAAUGUAUCUCAUCUUGUACCAUGUUCCGUUCCAAUGUAUCUCAUCUUGUACCAUGUUCCGUUCCAAUGUAUCUCAUCUUGCACCAUGUUCCGUUCCAAUGUAUCUCAUCUUGUACCUUGUACCAUGUUCCGUUCCAAUGUAUCUCAUCUUGUACCAUGUUCCGUUCCAAUGUAUCUCAUCUUGUACCAUGUUCCGUUCCAAUGUAUCUCAUCUUUUACCUUGCACCAUGUUCCGUUCCAAUGUAUCUCAUCUUGUACCAUGUUCCGUUCCAAUGUAUCUCAUCUUGUACCUUGUACCAUGGUCCGUUCCAAAGUAUCUCAUUUUGUACCAUGUUCCGUUCCAAUGUAUCUCAUCUUGUACCAUGUUCCGUUCCAAUGUAUCUCAUCUUGUACAAUGUUCCGUUCCAAUGUAUCUCAUCUUGUACCAUGUUCCGUUCCAAUGUAUCUCAUCUUGUACCUUGUACCAUGUUCCGUUCCAAUGUAUCUCAUCUUGUACCAUGUUCCGUUCCAAUGUAUCUCAUCUUGUACCAUGUUCCGUUCCAAUGUAUCUCAUCUUGUACCAUGUUCCGUUCCAAUGUAUCUCAUCUUGUACCAUGUUCCGUUCCAAUGUAUCUCAUCUUGUACCUUGUACCAUGUUCCGUUCCAAUGUAUCUCAUCUUGUACCAUGUUCCGUUCCAAUGUAUCUCAUCUUGUACCAUGUUCCGUUCCAAUGUAUCUCAUCUUGUACCAUGUUCCGUUCCAAUGUAUCUCAUCUUGUACCAUGUUCCGUUCCAAUGUAUCUCAUCUUGUACCAUGUACUACGUUCUGCCAUGAAUUGCAAUGUUUCUAUCAUGUCCAUCUCGCAUUUGUCCAUGUCCCAAACGGCACCCUAUUCCCUAUAUAGUGACAAGGGCCCCGGUCAAAACUAGUGCACUAUAA